AAGCAAGCAAGCUGCUGCUGAUAAAGACGCUAAUAGCUCAACCUCUCCUGCCAAAAAGCUACUUGACACGUUUAGCCAUGGCCCGCAUGCGUAAGGUCGCUGUGGUUGUGCUCGGAACGGCCGCCGCGUUCAGCCCAUCACCAUCCUCCAGCGCUCUGCUGCCAACUCAGAUCGCAUUGCGGGCCGCCGAGGCGCCAGAGGACGCCGCGCCCCCGACAGAAACAGAAAUUGACACCACCGCAGCUGCGACGGUCGCCGCGGGUACUGCCGCGACCGCCGCGGGCGCCACGAUGCUUUCGGCGGCCGGCACGGCGUGCGCGGGCGGCGCGUGCACCGUAGGCGCAAGCGCGGCGGCACCAGCGGCGGCGGGGGUCCUGGGCGGCCUCGGCGCGCAGCUCGCCGCGGCGCUCGGCGCGCUCGGCCUCUCGGCCGGCGUCGCGUUCGCCGGCGGCGGCGACGAGCUCGCGGCCAUGGCGCGCGACGGCAUGGACCUACAAACAGCCUUCGGCGCCAGCAAGCCCGUGGUCCUCGAGUUCUACAGCAAGGACUGCGCGCACUGCCGCGAGUCGUCGAAACGGCUCCACGAGGUCGAGCGCGCGCACCCCGAGGUGUCCUGGGUCAUGGUCGACACGCAGGACGAGAGCAACCGGGUCCUCUGGGAGCGGCUCGGCGUCGACGAGAUCCCGCACUUCGCGUUCCUCGACGCGGGCAAGGAGCUGCGGCGGACGGAGGUCGGGCCCAUCUCGACCGACCGGGCCGAGGCCGGGAUCCGGUCAGUCGUAAUACCUGGUAUGUAGAAGAUAG